AGAACUUCCCUAACCCAAACCGGCACUUCGGCUAGUCGCAAUCAGCCCGCCGCCUCCCGCCGCUUGCCACCCGCCGCCCGCCACCCCCCGCCCGCCACCCACCGCCCGCCACCCACCACUGCUGCGUGGUUGUCUGCUUCUCACCAUCUCACUUCUCAGCUUGUGGCUGCCUUUCAGAGGAAGUUCUGUCAAGAUGUCAUCUUUUCACUUUGAUGAUAUUAUCCAGAUUGUCUCAGUCGAUGCCGAUGGGAAAAAGUAUGACAAAGUUUCUCGAAUUGAAGCACAGACAAGAGACGGCGUGACAGAUAUGCUGCUAGAUAUAAAUUCAGAGUUAUAUCCUGUUAAGGCGAACGAAUUUCAUAGGAUGGUGCUGUCACAGACACUUGCUCUAGAUGGGUCAACAACACACCCUCAGGGCCAGACGAUAUCAAUCGCAGACAAGUUCGAGUAUAUCAUGCAUGGGCUGCUUUAUAAGGUUGCAGAGGAAUCUUCUAAAGUGGUUGUGUAUAUUUCUUUUGGAGGACUUCAACUAAAGCUGUGCAGUGCGCCCCGGAACAUGCACAAAUUUAAGCUUGAUCAGAGGCUGUUUCUUCUUUUGAGGAAUAUGGAGAUUAAACCAAAGCCUAAGUAGGCUCUUUUCAAAAUCAAGAUUUGUUUUUGUUUAUUUGUACAAAAAGCAGCUUCCUUUUAGUGGUUGAAGACUUGAAGUCUUGGAAGACCAUCUGUUUUACAAUCUAAUGUUUGUUUGUAUGAGAUUGCUUUUGCACUAAGAAUAUUGGUUUGCAUUUAUACUCCCUC